CGGUCGCUUGGGCAAUGUGACAAGGCUGAAGAGAAUUUCCAAAAAGCGCUUGCCAUCAGUACUGAGAUUGGCGACAGAAGAGGAGAGGCAGCAAGUUAUGGAAACCUAGGUGAUGUAUUUAGGAUUCUCGGGCAGUACGACAAGGCUACAGAGUAUCUCCAAAAAUCGCUUCUCAUCAUGACUGAAAUAGGUGAAAGAAAAGGAGAAGCAGCAUGUUGUGGAAGCCUAGCUGAUCUGUUUGAGUCUCUCGGGCAACACGACAAGGCUGUAGAGUAUCUUCAAAAAGCGCUCGUCAUCACAACUGAAAUUGGUGAUAAGGUAGGGGAAGCGGUAGGUCUUGCACACCUUGGAGAUGUGUCUAGAACUGUUGGAGAUUAUAAAGUUUCGGAAGUAUGCUUGGAGAAAGCUUUAUCCAUUUCCAGAGACAUUGGAGAUAGAAGAAAAGAGUUCCAAAUCCUUAAAUGUUACGCCAUUUUGUAUUUAACUCAAAAUAAGAUCGUUGACUCCCUUUUGUGUCUUGAUUUGUGCAUUGAAAAGUAUGAGGAGCUGAGAUCUUUCUUAGGUGCCAAUGAUGAAUUCAAAACAUCAUUUUUGGAGGACUCAGGAAUAUUUCCCUACAAGCUGCUUUGUACUCUGCUUUGUGAUACCGGAAAUGUUCGCGAUGCUCUUUAUGUUGAGGAGUUAGGUCGAGCCAGAGGCCUCUUAGACUUGAUGGCAGAGAAGUACUCGGUUGAAACGCACAUCUCUGUUAAUCCGCAAUCUUGGUUUGGCAUUGAAAACAUUUUCAUAAAGAAAAAUAACUGUACUUGUCUGUACAUUUCUUAUUUUUACAGUUAUCUGCAUUUGUGGAUCUUUGACACAUGUGGAGUAUUUCUCUAUAAAAGGAUACCACUAGAAGAGAUUCUAGUUCAGGCUGGGUUGCCCAAAGAUUUGCCUUUGAGUGACUUUUUGGUUGAUAAUUUUCGAAGUCUUGGUAUUUUGCCCUUUGAAGAUUGUGAAGAUCGGUCUUUAAAUGUGGUUGAAUUGCUACCUCACUCCCCCGAGCGAAAGAGUUCAGCAAGAUUGCGACUCAUGGAGGAGGACGAAGACGACCGAGUCAUUUCAAGUCUAUCUUUGUGUUACAAAAUGUUUAUUGCCCCCGUUUAUGAUUUGCUUACGGAGCCUGAACUCAUUAUUGUUCCAGACCGCAGGUUAUACAAAGUUCCCUUUGCUGCCCUGAGUGAAAAGGAGGGAGCCGAAUACCUGUCGGAGACUCAUAGGAUCCGUGUCAUUCCUUCUCUGACGACACUCCGGAUCAUUCAAGAUAGUCCAGAGGACUAUCACAGCAACACUGGUGCUUUGGUAAUAGGCGAUCCCAAGGUUGAUUGGUUGAAACCAUUGCCAUGUGCAAGAAAGGAAGCGGAGAUGGUCGGACGACUGGUGGGUGUUCCGCCUCUGGUAGACGAGAAAGCAACGAAGCAGGCGGUACUUGAGCGGAUAAGUUCAGUGAGCCUGAUUCAUUUUGCUGCCCAUGGUGACGCCGAAAGGGGAGAAAUUGCCCUCUCCCCCAUUCCUACUACCAACAGUCCAAACGCUAUCCCACCACAGGAAGAUUACAUGUUGACGAUGGCUGAUGUAUCACGAGUGAAAGUCAGAGCUAAACUGGUGGUACUUAGCUGCUGUCACAGUGGAAGUGGACAGAUAAGAGCCGAGGGAGUUAUAGGAAUUGCCCGUGCGUUUUUAGGAUCCGGUGCUCGUUCGGUGUUGGUUGCGCUGUGGGCCAUUCCAGACUCAGCAACAGAGCAGCUGAUGAAUCAGUUCUACAAACACCUUGUUAUGGGAGAAAGUGCCAGUGAAUCCCUUCAUCAGGCCAUGAAGUGGAUGAGAAAAAACGGCGUUACCGAAGUGUCUAAGUGGGCUUCGUUUACGCUGAUUGGAGAUGAUGUGAGGCUCGAGUUUGACAAGCUGAGAGAAAUGACCCCGACAGAUUAAAUGAUGAGAAUUACUUGAAGGAAACGGAGUUAAAAGACUUUUAGAUGGAUAAAUAACAUAAACAAUUAGAGAAAAUACUUUAUCCGGCAUUUCACUGAAAUUGAAAAAAGAGUUAAGGGAGAUCUAUUUCAAUUUUCUCAGAACGAUGCGUUAGUUACGUACUCAAGAACUUUUUUUUUGUCUUUUACGAAAAAUUGUUUUUCUGAUAUAAUAAGCACGAAACAAUGUUGACGUACGCAAGAAUUUUAAGUAAAGCGAAACCGAUAAAGUUAAAAAAAGUAGUUUAGGUAUAAAACAAGCCACUAAAAUUUGGUUAAUUUUUUUCAAAGCCUCUUGUAAGGUUUAGUCAACAAAACCUUCAAUAUUUGGGGAAUGAUUUUGAUGCAGCAUUUUAAAGGAUUCCUUGUCAACCAUGCCUCUAUUUUUGUUAACAUAGAAGCAACUGCGGAGAAAUUCGCUCAUAUUAACUCAACGCCUGGCAGGAGUCGUGCCGGCCCGUGAACGCUUUUUACGUGGCUUAAAGGAGAAGCGUUACGCAUCCUGAAAACAAAUCUGACGCGCUCUACAUUUUAUAAAAAACGCACAAAGCUUAAAAAGACGACUAAAGAAAGGAUAGAAUAUACCUGACGAAGUUCUGGAGAAAGUCUACAGUUGUCUGCUCUAGUAGAGAGGGCCCACUUAAAAAACAAAAGAAACAGUUCACAGAAGUAAAUAUUGCCUUUUGUAAUAUAAUAUAAUCGGGCUGUACCUAACUUUAGAAACGUACUGAUGGGGAAAUGGCACCUUAUUCAAAAUCACACCGUACCAAACAGGUUCCUGCAAUUUUGUCAGUCUUUGAAAAAAUUUACUCGCUCUUAUUUAUUCCAAAUUGCACUCGAAAUAUUGAGAUUACCUAUACUAAUUGCGUGACUGUGCGUUGCAGUUGGGCUAAGACUUUAAGGUUUCAAUUUCACUUUAGUUUUGUCAGUUUUCGUAUUCCUCGCGUCUUUAGUUGUAGUUUGGUUUUCGUCGUCGUCGAUCAAGUUUUUUAGUUGUGAGUGCCAUCGGCGUUGCGGGAUCGAUAUGAAAGUUUUUUAUAUUCUGUUUCUAUUUUCGUCUAGCUUUCCUCAUAACUUUCUAGCCAUUGUCUAUUUAUGUUUUGUACAUUAAUUAAGCAACAUCGCUCCCUCGUGGUCGCGUAGAAAUUUUCUAAGCAAUUUAAGUGUUCUUUUAUUUCAAUUUCGGGGCAAGCUCAUCUGGCACAUCUUGGUAUUUUGUUCAUUAUCUCAUGUUUAUUUUGUCUCUUAGGUUUCUCUUAGUUAUUUUCAUUGUAUUUCGUUUGCUAGUCGCCACGUGUGUUCUUGUAUUAGUUCCUCUUAAUUUAUUGUUUUUAGUUUAGAGACAAUAUAGAGAAUUACAAUGAAGAGCGGCGGGUGAAUUAAUUCGCCGUCUCCGUAACGUAUCCCUAUGUUUUGACAUGUUAGUUGUCAUCUGGUCACGAUUUUUCUUGGCACUCCCAUUUCGCCUUGAUGUUCGCUUACAAUUGCAAAGCCAUUCCAAAUAAGCAAAAAUUAAAUUUGACCCGAGAAAAACCUAGAAAAUAUCCUGUGUUUCUCUUGAACAGGUUGCUGUGUAAAACGGUAGCAAAUAGAUAAUUGCCAUGGUAGCGGGAUAAGGGAUGCAACUGGCGGAAUUCGGGAACGUAGAUAAAGUCUCUGCAUGCUUUCAGUUGAGGCUGUCGGCACUGAAAAUGAAAACAAACGGCGCGAUCGCAGGAGAGAUUUUUUUCCCAUACAUUUCUCUGGUUGGUUUACCUCAACUCGUGUUACACAUCUUUUGGGGUGAUUCCUUAGAAAAAAAGAUUAUCGAACAAUUUUUUUCAAACUU